UUUUAAAAAAAUUAAGUUAAGUUAACCUCACUUUAAGAUUAAUGGUAAUCACCAAAAUGUUAACAAUUCGAAAAAUACAUAAUUUAGCAGAAAAAUGCACCUCAAAACUUCGAUUUCUGUCUUCAGCCCCUGCCGUACAACCCAUAGAUAGUCCAUUACCACAAGCAGAAAAACCUGAUAUCGACGUUGGUUCUCUAAGAAAAGAAGUACUAAAGCAUCCAGACUACUUCAACGUACAUAAUAUGUUUACCGUCAAAGACUUAUUUAAUGCCAAAGUUCAUUAUGGUCAUAGAGAAGGUUCUCUCGAUAAUAAGAUGUUGCCUUACAUUUAUGGCUCAAGAUUGGGUCAUAUUAUAUUUGAUUUAGAUAAAACCGCCGAAUACCUGCGGGCCGCACUUAAUAUAACAGCCCAUAUAGCAUACAGGGAUGGAAUAAUUCUGUUUUUCCUUCGUGGAGCCCAGAAUGCUCAUUUGGUAGAAAACUGUGCAAAAGAAUGUGGAGAAUUUGCUCACACAAGGUAUUGGAGAGGUGGCAUAUUUACUAAUUCAGAAAAACAGUUUGGUGCUGUCACUCGGCUGCCAGAUCUUUGCAUAUUUCUUAAUACCCUUAAUGACAUAUUAGCACAACAUACUGCAAUCAGGGAUUCUGCUAAGAUGGGUAUUGCAACUAUUGGAAUUGUUGAUUCUAAUUGUGAUCCCAAUAUAAUAACAUAUCCUGUGCCAGGAAAUGAUGACUCUCCCUCUUCUAUUGAGCUGUAUUGUAAACUGUUUAAGGAGGCAAUUUGGAGGGGGAAGGAAAAAAGAAAAGAACAUUUAGGAUUGAAAUAAAGAUUAAUUUCAUAUUUUUAAUGGUAUCAAUUAUUUUUAUGUUUAUUAUAAGUGUCAAAAAUA